AUGAAAAGGGCCAGAAUUAAAUCAAAAACAGUAUCUCAUAGAGUUGAUGAUGAUCAUAAAGUGGAUCGGAGUCAUGAUUCCAUUAAUUCCAAGCUCGGCUCAGAAGACCAAAAUACAUCUCUCAAAACACUUUCCAAUGAUCGCAAAGCUGAAUACUCGGAAAAUGGGCUUCAUUCAGGAUUAGAAAAAGAGUCCGAAGCAAUGGAUCGAAAAUUAAAAAAGUUUCUUGAUGACGAUGACUUGAUGAAUUCUUACUUGAGAGAGGAACAAAUCUCGUCAUCACAAAGUCGAAGUAGAAAAAAGAUUUCUCCUGCAAUAUUGGAAUUAUUAGAAGCAAAGAAAAGAAUUCUGACAACUUUGUGGGAAGAUUCUGAAACCAAUUGGGCUCACAGGGAAACAUUCAUGCACUCUCAUUUCAAUGAAGACGCCCAUAAAAAUUUUGAGCAAAUUUCAAAAGAGACCAUGAGAGUUUUUGAGAUUAGAUGGUUAGAUUUAAGAAUUAAGGGUCUCAUAGAACAACGAGAAAACAGCCUCAGAAGUUUGCGGAAUAUUUGUGAAAAAAAUUCCCUUCAUCCAAAAGAAUCAGGUUAUAUUGAUUCCAAGCUUUUUGAAAAAUUGGUUGGAGAUGAGAUUGUUCUGUUCAGAACUAUUAGUCUCUAUAUCAUUGAGUAUAUUGAAACAUGGAAAUCCAAGCAAACUGAGACAGAUCGAGACGUAUAUUUAUUUGAAGAUAAUGAUUAUAUUUUAAAAAUGUCAUCAGACCUAAAACCACUUGUGGAGCGAUUUUCUCAAUUGUACAAUUAUCUAGAAGAAAAAGAGUUGAACUUUCAAUCUCCAUUAUUCCUUCCAAAAAAUCCAAGAAUGUACUUCAAAUAUUAUGGACAAAGAUUGGACGCCUUAGAAAACUCAGACUUUGAAGAAAACCAGUCAAUAAUUUCCAAGACUACAUCUGGAACGCUAGAUGAGGGCUCCUCGUUUUUUUUAACUUCUGUAAAAAAGAACUCUGAUGAUUUCAGUGAUGACGAAGAACUUGAGAUCAAACCUACAAGGGAUACUGCCACAAACAGAUCCAUGAGAAGUGCAACAUCUCAAAACACAAUUAAUAUGCUGAUAGCUUUAAAUCAAGAAAUUGCACGUAAAGCACCUCAAACAGGAUCCUUCGGAAAAGUGCAGCAUUUUAAUGAAGAAACAACAUUACUUGAAGAAGAUCCAGAUGAUUUGGAUGAUGAUGAAAACCGCCUUGUAUAUAAUAGAGUAAUGUCAGCAGACAAACAAAGUGAUAUUUCACAGCCUAAAGAUCUAUUAGAACAAAUCCAAGUGCAAAUGCAAUUGCCCCCUUUGUUGGUAAACCAAGCAUACUCUGACCGAACCAAGCGUCACAAAAAGUAUACAGAACCACUCAUUUCAAUCAGACAUGAAGACUUGUUAGAACAAUUGGAAAGAAGAAAUCCUCUCCAUUACAAAGAUUUGAUGGAAAAGGAUCUUAUUGAAUUUUCCUCUGAUUUGCAAAACACCUUCAAUCAAGAACAUUCAUCUUCAAAACGAGACAAGGAUCUCCUAAGGUCGCUACUCUCUGACAGCGAGUCAAACACGAUGGAAAUGAUCCAAACGUUAGACGAGCAAACCAAGGUGCAUAAUAUUGACUUGGCAAGCACCAAAAAGGUACUCCUAAAGAAAGACAAGCUUAUCCAAAAGUUUAAACAGCAAGAGGAAAAGAAUCAGAUCAAUGAAAUGUAUGAAAAGAUGUUGGAGGAGCAACAUGCAGCCAAAACAAAGUUAGAAAUUUUGAGAAAGCGACACAUUGCUUCUACGUUUGCCAAUGCCAAAUCUCCUCAAGCAACGUCAACAACCAUAAACACUCUUAGGCUCAAGUUUGCUCCUCCAGAUCCAGUAAGAGAAAUGAGACGAUUAGCUUUGGCAGAAAAACAUAUUGCAGCUCAUGAAAGGGCAACAAGCACUCAUUAUUAUCAUAUUUAA